UUCCAUGGAAACGUAAACAAAACUACUGGCAGUGAUUUUUCUCCACACACUCGGCUCACUUGCGCAUAAACCACGAUUUGCUUGCUGUAAUAAACCAGUACUCAACUUUACUGGUUAUUUAGAUGCAUUUCACAUUCAUCUGGCUCUCAGAAUGGAUCUGAACAGUGUUCGGCGUGCGUCUUCUGCAGGCUACCGGCUACCACAACGAAACAAAGGGACCAGGCCGGUAACAACCGAGCCACAGGCCGAGAAGACGCGCCGCGCGAAACGGGACGCGGCGUCCGCGGAACUCAAUCCAGACGGUGGUGAUACCGUGAAGCAAGACCAAGCGUGGAAAGAGUUAGUCUGGAGUGAGAAGAGAGGAUUGCGGGAAUGGGAGAAGAAUUGGGGCUUUCUCAGGAACUAUGACCAGAUGGGACAGCUGAAACCAGAAGAGCCUUUACCCAGCUACACGUCUCUCUUCUCUGAUCGCGUCCCCAACACCAGCAACCAGAUGUUCGGUAGCAGACUGUCCAGUCCGCUGGGGAGUGAACUGGUCAGACUGGACAGGCUGAUACUCUGGUCUGGAAGCCAUCACAAGCGCAAACAGGAUCCAGAGAUGCUGCCCUGCUAGACAGCUUUGGAGACAAGUCACUUCAUAUCUGGACUCCUGCACAUCAGGUCUUUUUUUUUCUUUUUUUAACCUGGACUCUACAAUGCUGGAACUGUUAUGUGGAGUUAACAUGAAAUACUGGAGCUCUUGCCAUAGCUCAGCCUGAGUCAGUCAUUUGGGUUUGGUGAUGUGUAUUUUCUUUUUUCUUUUCCCACUUUAAUGGGUAAAUAUUAAGUAAAACAUAGACAUAUGCUUAGAAGCCAUAUCAGGGAGGAUGUCAGGCGUAAUAAGAUGUCCUAUAUCUGCUUUGGUCUGAAUUUAUGUUUAUUUAUAGGUUUAGGUAUUUUCUAUGCAAGGAGUACAAAACUACUAAGACUAAAGGCAUGUGAUCACCAGGUGAGAGGGGAAGACCAGCAGAUCAGGUUCACGUCAUUCGAGCUCUGUCAGGUAUUUAAUCAGAUACUGGAUAAUCUAACAGGAUCAAAUUUGGAUGAGCGAAAAGUUAGAUCACCUCUACACUUCACUUAGGUUUCUCAGGACCUCUAAGCCAUUGUUCCAUGGUUGAGCCAUAGAACUGUAUUUAUUUUAUUUGUGUGAUUUACAUGAUGAUGUAGCUUAUACCCAUGUGCACUUUAUGUUAACAUGAGCAUAUAUCAGGUUUUUGUACUGUGCACUCUGUAUAUUGUUAAGUUGUUCUAAAACACUGCCCCCUUCGUGUAAAUUUAAAUAAAAAUGCUGGUCUCCAAUGAAUUUGUAAAACCUAUCCUCACAUUUGGGUGUAAUCUAGAUGUUGUCAAAUUGUAAUCAAAAUCAAUGUCACAUUGGAAUAAAAAAAUUGCAUUUUAAAGUCUUA